GCAUUGUUGAGAUAUGGCGUCCUUAGUGCUCUUAGUGCAGUGAGGAUUUAUAGUUCUGCAGAAGUUUAAUCAAAACUUUGUGUGUGUGUGUUUUUGUAAAAGACACAUAGACAGUUGGACCCAACUUUAGGUCUAAGCUGGUUUUUUUCCCUGUGAAUGCCUAGAGAAAAAAUGUCAUCUGCACACACUGUCAUAUCAGCCAAUGUGCCUAAAGAUCGCAUCAUCACCCAGUUUCCUGAGCCCUAUUGCCCUGGUGCCAGUCCAUACAAUAAGAUAAACUUUCAUCCAAAGGUGAAGGCAGCAUGUGCAGAAAAUAGAACGGGUAGAGUUGGGCUGAAGAUUUGCAAAGCUGUGAUUGUUGGAGAUGUAUCAGUUGGGAAGACCUGUUUGGUAAACAGAUUCUGUAAUGAUGUGUUCAAUAGAGACUACAAAGCAACUAUUGGAGUUGAUUUUGAAGUGGAGAAGUUUCAAGUUCUGUCCAUUCCAUUUACUCUUCAAAUUUGGGACACAGCUGGGCAAGAGCGUUUUAAGUGUAUAGCAGCUUCGUACUACAGAGGAGCCAACAUUGUUAUUGUUGCUUUUGACCUUUCUGAUGAACAAUCAUUACACAAUGCGCCAAAAUGGAUGAUGGAGGCUUCGGAAAAUGCUGAUAGCCCAAUAAAAUUUCUUGUGGGAAUGAAAAGAGAUUUACUGUCUGAGGCAGCCUAUACAGAAAUAGAGACACGGGCGAUGGCUGUUGCAAGCACCCUUGGUGCAGAGUACUGGCCAACAUCUUCCAAAACAGGCCAGUAUGUGCAAGAGUUUUUCUUUCGAGCUGUAGCCAUGGUGUUUGAUACAAAUCUUAUUCGAGAGCUUGAUGCUUCCACUGUACCAGCCAAACAGAUAGGCUCUGGCAUGAUACAAGUCCAGCGGGAAAAUUCACAGCUUUAUGAGAAAAAAAAGAAAUCUCAGUGUUGUAAGUAAGGAAGAAGAAAGACUUGGGAAUUGAGUGUUUAGUGAAAGUAUUAAACAUUCAGUUAUUCAAUUUUUGCUCUUUGUUGUACCCAACAAGUUGAAUUCCAAAUAAUGUCGUCAUCUGACCUGUUCGAGUCAGCAAACAUGAGCAGUGAAAGUUACAAACUAAUUCAGUCAACAAACUUUCUAUAUUUCUUUCGCAAAAUUAAAAUCAUUAAGUCAACUUGUCUGUUGAAACCAAGCAUAAAAUUCAGAAGAAAGCAUACAAACAAAUAAAUUAAAGAAACUGUUUUGAAUAAGAAAUAGAAACAAUAUUGAAAAAAAAGACACUUGAAAUGAAAAUUUUGUUUGUCAGUUUACUUAGAUUUAUGUAAUACUUUUUAAAUCAAAAUAACUUGAAAAUUCAUUCAGUGAUGCAGCAGGUAAUAUAGUUCAUAACAUUUUGAUGCUGUCAUUCUAGUCUAAUAACACAAAAAUGAAUGAAUUGAGUAUUACAGUUAUUUUUCCUUUUUUCUUGUUUUGAGCCAGAUCUAAAUUUUUCAAAUAUUUACCUAAAGGCACAGAAGUGUUUGUCAUUGUGUUGUGGGCAGUUUGUAUUUAUACUUAUACGUGCGCACGCACACACGCACACCUGCAUGUACCAAAGUUCCUGCAUGAAGACUUAUUUGCAAUACAAGAAAUUGUACUUGUUUUUGUGUUUUGGUAAUUUUGAGACUUAUAUAGCUGUUGUAGUGGACAGAUCAUCAGUUUAAUAAUGACAAAUUCUUUGUUUACAUUUGUCAGAUAAAUGAGAUUUAUUCUUUAGAAAUCCUUACAGGGUAUCUGUACCUUUAACAAGAAUACCAGUUUACAGAAAAUGUUGUGAUUCAUCAGUGAAAUAAUAUUUUUUGCUAAGAUAUUCACUUUGUCUUAAAAGUACAAGGCUAUGUAUCCUAUCUCAAGUACAAUGGAGUUGUGAUUUAAAAAAAAUGUAUACAAAUGACAGGAACUAGUAUAUCACUAGUAUUUAUUAUUUAGACCUUCACCCAUACUCCUAUUCCCAGCAUAACAUGUUCACACCAUGCAUGAUUGUGCCUGAAGGCUGUUGUUACUUAAAAUUUGUGUAUUUUCACUUUAACUUUUUUACAAGCUGAUAAAAAUAUGUACAGGCAUUUUUAUAUUGUUUUGUAGAAGAUAUUUGGUGUAUUAUUUGCCUUAUGUACUCAUCGCUUUUUUUUAUUUUUGGUUUUUUCUGUGGAACUUAAAAACCAUUCUGUGAAACAUUUCUUCUUAUAAUUACAGACAGAUUUGACAGAUAGAAGAACUGUGACAUACAAUGUUUGAAGUUCAUAAAACUUUGCAUGGAAAGUUUGUAAUGUCUUUUCAGUAGCUUAUAUUUUUUAAAUAUAGUUUGAAUUUUCGUCUUCUCAAACUUCUGAUUAGCCUCAAAGCCUUUACAUUCAGUCUAUCCGUCCUUGGUAAUGUAUGGGGUAAAAAGUUGCCUUUUUGGGAAAGACUGCAUUUGGUGUUUUGUAAGCAUUUUGUAAUCUUGAUUUUGUUGAACGGUUGACCUGAAUUCCAGAAUACUCAGAUUGUUAUGUAGAUUCUAUUAUGUUCAUAGCAUAAUGACCCACUUCACCCAUGGGACAAACAUUUGUAGUAAAUUUGAAAUGCACUAAAAAUAGGCCUAAUGUUGUUUGUGUUGUUCUGCAAGUGUCACUUCUGUAUACUUUGUUAGGGUUUGAAGAGUGGUUAUAGGAAACAUUUUGCUUUUUUAUUUUUAAUCAAACUGUGUUUGCUUCCCUUUUUGAUUUCUACCUAGGCUAAUAGAAAAAGAGCACAUCCUUCUCUGAAGAGGAGGAAGAUUGAAUGAUGUCUUCUUGAUAUCUUGAAAACAGCAAAGAGAAUUGUUACUGAAAGUCUUUGCAUUUUGAGGAGAAAUGAUUGCUGAUUUGUCAAAAAUUAAACAAAGAGAUAGAUUAUACAUUUAUUUAUGAAUGGAAGAAACAGCAUCAAAUAGAUACUUAUUCAUAUAUGUUGCUUUAGACAAGCAGAUGCAGUUAGAGAAGUAAAGCUUGUAAAUGGAAUGACAGGCAGCAGAGCAAAGUGUUAUCAAGGUUUGCGCAGAGAAACCUGUUUUUGUAUGUUCUUUCAUAAGUGCCUUGACGAAUCUUUAAAGUCAGGAGCUUAGUGUCCAUCAGUAGUAAAGAGGUCCAUUUUUUUCGGGGGGUAGGGGUGGGUGGAGUUAAAAAAGUUUGUGUUCAUUUUACCACUUUGACCAGCAUUUUGAGUGAAGCUGGCUGUUAGAAAAUAGAACCCAGGCAAAACAUUUAAUUUAUAAAGCUACUCAGUGCUUCAACUGAAAGGCAAAACUUGUGCCUUAAAACACAUUUAUGAUCAUAUUAAUGUUUUUUUUUAACCAGUCAAGUAACAGCAGAGACGAUGGAAUGUUUUGCUAUUGCCAUUGUGUCUUCCUUAUUAUUGAUGUUGUAUGCAGUUGAUUUUGUCUUAAACUAACACACACACACAUAUAUAUAUAGAUAGAUAAAUAUCUUUGGUGAUAUGUAUUUAAGCUUUCUAUGCUGGAUAAUGUAACUUUUUAAUGAUUCAUAAAUUGUUGAUUUUAAUUGUUAAAUUGACAGGGUUAUUGCUUUUGAAAUCUCAGUCACAGAAUUUGAAAACUAAAAUUCAUGCUGCCUGCAUGCAGUGAUCUGAAAUGUCCACACAUCAGUGUUUUUAAGUGAUUUGUUGGAUCACAUGGAUCAGUUGAAUUUUUUUUGGUGGUAUAUUCCAGUAUCAAGGUCUUUCAGGUGUGAAUGUGGAAAAUUGUGACCAUGAAAACUCGUUCUUUUACAAGACAUCAGAAAACUUGAAAAAUCCCCAAUUCAUUUAAAACUUUUCAUCAUUGAGCUUUCUUGCUGGACAAAGCAUUCAAAGACAGCAUUUUUUUAUCUUCCAAUGUGUGAAAUUAAUAACCAUAAUUAAUACAGUGAAGAUAUGCCGGUUAGGUGUACACUGGAACUUCCACCUCUAAAGCAUGGAAAUUUGCAUGCACAAAAUACACUGAAUUCAUUUUCUCCAGGCAGCACUACAGAAACUGGCACAAACGAUUUUGGAUCAAGCUAGUCAUGCUUAUAUCUCAUUGUUUAAUAUAUAUAUAUAAAAGACUUUUAUGUGUGUGCUUUAAUGCAGAAUGGUAUCAUUUACACAUUCAGAGAUAAUUGAUAAUAGUUCUGAUGCUAAAAAUCGUGUGCAUGUAUGUGUAUGAAUAUGUACAUGUUUAUUUGGACAUGCCUCUAUUGAUAAACUGGUGUACCGCCUUUUUGGUUUCACUUUAGCUUUGGUUGUACUAUAACAGUGCUUAGAAAGUGCACAUCUAGGAUCUGGCUUCCGUGAAUUAAACGACUGUUUUAUUUUUGUUUAUUUUAGAUUUAGAAUGACCCUUUCAGAUAUUUUUCUCUAAAUCGUAGCAAACUAAGAAUAAAAGCAAAGUUGUCCAAGAAACAGGUUUAAAUUUUUUUUGUUACUGAUUUAAAUCUUGGAUUAUACCUAUAUAAAGGUGAGAAAUUCUAACAUCAAAAAUGAACUGGAAAUGUGUUGUGAAAGCCAUUGAUUGGUUUUUAUUUGUAUUUCAUAAGUUCAUGUGUGGUAUGGUAAAUUUUGUAAGCAUAGAAUAUGACAAACAUGAAUAUGUGCAGACAUUUGGUUGAAAAGUUACUGGUUAAAACUUCUACAAAAAUGAGCCAGAUGUAUGGCCAUGUUUACUUGUUGCGGUUAAUAUUCAAUUUCAGUACAUAGAAAAACAACAAUUAUAUUUGCUAUGUGUAGCAGUUUAAAAAAAUAGAAACUGCUUUUGCCUUUGGAGCUGACUUCUUGCAUAUUGGAAAAAAGUGUUUGAAAAGAAAGAAAGAAAUGA